CGAUUGGUUGGCGUUGAGACGAGGGAGGGACAUAUACCCCCAAUAUAUAUCAGGACAUACUGCCCCCUGAUUGGAGGAUGAGUCCGUGACGUUUCACGGAAGUGUCUUGCUACAACGACGCAACUCGGGCAACAUGGGAGAGAAUAACAGCGGAGGCAACCUGGCGCAGGUGCGGCACGUGGUGUUGGUUCUGUCGGGGAAGGGCGGGGUCGGGAAGAGCACGCUGACCACAGAGCUGGCCCUAGCGCUGCGCCAUGCAGGCAAGAAGGUGGGGAUCCUGGACGUGGACCUGUGCGGGCCCAGCAUCCCCCGCAUGCUGAGCGUGGGCCGGCCCGACGUGCACCAGUGUGACGGCGGCUGGGUGCCCGUCUACACGGACUCCAGCAAGAGCCUGGCACUCAUGUCCAUCGGCUUCAUGCUGGAGAACCCAGACGACGCCGUGGUGUGGCGGGGGCCCAAGAAGAACGCCCUGAUAGGUCAGUUUGUGUCGGACGUGGCGUGGGGGGAGCUGGACGUGCUGCUGGUGGACACGCCCCCGGGCACGUCUGACGAGCACCUGUCGGUCGUGGAGAACCUGAGGAAGCACCGCCUGGACGGAGCCGUGCUCGUCACCACCCCCCAGGCCGUGUCCACCGGGGACGUGAGGCGGGAGAUCACCUUCUGUAAGAAGGUUGGCGUUCCCAUUCUGGGCAUCGUAGAGAAUAUGAGCGGCUUUGUGUGUCCGCACUGCUCAGAAUGCAGCAACAUUUUCUCCAAGGGUGGAGGCGAGGAGCUCGCUAAGAUCACAGGCUCACCGUUUCUAGGCUGUGUGCCUUUGGACCCUCUGCUGAGCAGCAGUCUGGAGGGGGGUGGAGACUUCAUGAAGAUGUUCCCAGAGAGCGCAGCCUACAGCGCCAUCACCAACAUCUGCCGCACUCUUCUGGACACCCUUGAAGCUGCUUGAUGGUUCAGAGCCUGAGUGGCACUAUUGACACCUAGGAUAUUCAUGAGAUGGUUGAAAUUACUAGUCGACUAAAUCUGAUUUAUUUUGUCUAUCGAUGAGGACCAAACACUGGAGAGGAUGCAUUCUAUGAAGAACAGCCAAUUGUAUUUAUAUUUUGGCAUGCAAGGCCUUGCAAUGACUGAUAUGAAUACUUUUCUGACGGGAAAUCGAAUUGAGGUUUCUACAUUGUAACAGUUUUCAUGGAUGGAGUUCACCAGAAUAUUUUAAUCCUUAAAUGUGUGUGAUUAAAGUGGGUAAAUUGUUGGAAUAAUCACGCAUGUUUGUUUUAUACUUUAGCGUGUGAAACACUAACCUUUUAACCUACGCAAUGACGUAGGAUUUAAUUGUUAACCCACACAAUGGCAGUUAAUGCACUUUUUGAAAUAAACAAAGUAGUUCAAUGUCUAUUGGGAUUUGUAUUUUAUAUAGAAAGCUUAAUCCUAUAUUUUGCACAGUGGCAUAGAUCGCUAGACAAGGGCUGCCAGAACCCCUGAAAGCAGAAGCAGACGAUGGGGAGGUGGUGGGCCUCUGAACUUUGUUUAACCAAGUACAAGAGUCGAGGAUCAAUCCCUUCAUUUCUGAUAGUUUGGAGGUGACCUCACUGGGUACGGUAUGAGACGCUGACCUGAAGAGAAAUUCAGAAAAUGCAAGGGUGUAGCUUAUAUCAAACUCCAUGCCGGUUAUGAAGAUGGGCUGGGGGGGGGGGGGGUAUGAAAAAUAAGGAGAUGAGGUAUGAAAAUUAAACAUGUGAGACCCAACACUGGGCACACAAAUCUUUAAUGCAAUCCAACAGCAGUACUACAGGGAAAAACGUUGACGUGUUUGAGAAUGCUUUCGUAAUGAUUAAAAUACACUUAACACAAGUCCCACCAUCCAAAUACUAAAGGCAAUCAGAAUCUAUAAACCAAGAUACCUAUCCAGAGGAAUUUCAAUCACUGAUCAAUUCAUCCACAGUGCAUCAACCUAUAGAUGUAUAUCGAUAGAGAUCUAUAUCGAUGGAUCUAGAGAGAUCUCUAGAUCUACAUAGAUCUCUAUAUAUCUAGAUCUAUUAGACACACCAUGGUUAAUUAGACUGUUUCAAGGACAAUAUCUUAUAAAUUAAACCUGGAAAAGAACAAUACUAAAGCCAAGUCUGUCCAAGUUGGGCGUUCACCGGUCUGCCCAUGCAGAGAGUCCUCACAGGAUGGCCAGAGAGAAACCAGCUGGCGCUCAUCUCCCUACGGCCAGACACCAAGUCAA